ACUAAUUUAUUCUACUACUACCGCUCCGGAAUAAUUAUUUUAUUAUGAUUUUUCUUAAAGUUUAAAUUAUUGUAAAGUUAGAAGACGGAAUUGAUUAAUCGACUUCGUGAGACAUCGAUGCCAAAAAUUUUGGACAAUCGUAGUAUCAAGGGAUCUUAACUGAUCAACGGUUCUUUCAAUUAUGAUCACAGUUUAUUGCUCCAAUGCUGAUUUCCCGGAAAGAGACUCGUCAUGACUGUUUCCUGACACAUGCCAAGGACAUCUUCGAUCUAUUGACGGUUCAAAACGAUUUCACGAUUGUGCGUAUGAUAAGCGAAAAAUCAAGUUCGUAGAGACGGUGAAUUGAUGAAAUAACUGAGAGGCUUGGGAGGAAAAAUAUUGGCUUAUCUACGCUUCUCAAAAUCGGUUGAUACCAUAUCAAAUCUGUGAAGAGUUUCAACACGAAUAAUUGCGGGUUUAUAAAAAAUAUCGAGUCGGGAAGCAGAAGAAAACUUCUAAUCGCGUACAACAUUGAUCUUUGAUUAUUUGUGUUAAAUCGCGUGACAUUGUUAACUCAAAUCGCGAAACAAUGGUAGUGUGAAAAUACUCUUAAACAUUCCUAACGACGACUCGCCCCUCCAAAUAGAUGGUUUUCCCACUCCGUCGAGCACCAGCCGAACUGGACGAGUGAAAUUUUUUUCCUUUCCAUCGAGAUUCAGUUGUGCAGAAGAAUUUUCAUGCUAUAAAACAAGCCUCUGGGACUCCAUCGCUGUAGUUCGAAUAAACGAAAAUGUUGAAACGCUUAACUAGUUAUCGUGACCUCCGAGUAGCUCUCAUCAUGGUUAUUAUUUGUAGCACACGAGGGCGUCGACUCGAACGAUCGUCUGCGUCAACGAUGCAGCACAUGUCGCCGUCAGUGAAAGCUGAGUACGACGGUAAGAAUUUCAAUUCGAAUGGGAAAACGAUAUCCCCUUUAAUACCGUCCGAUAGUACGAUGGUGCAACAGAAAUUGGACGAUUUUUCGCCAGAUCCCUGCGAAAAUGCGAACUUUUGUGAAAAUCCUUCAUUCUAUCCAGAGGACUUAAUCAGGGAAGCACUGAAACACCGUAAUGAUCUCAAGUACUCAACGGUCGUUGAUCCGAUGCCAGAUAAGAAUGGAACGGACACCGGAGAGCAGGACGUAUUGUGUCAGACCAAGAUUUCCCUAGUAUAUCCACGAAUGGCGAAAAACAGAGCCAACGAAUCGCUUUUCAUCGUAAACGACGAUUUCUUCCGUCAGGGUGUGUACAUCGAAGUUUGUCGCAAUACAGAUUCCCCAUGUGGAGAAAUCAGCGAUCUGCUGCCGAAUUAUAAAACUUCGUGCAAACAAAGGUACAUUUACCGGAAAUUGGUUGUCGUCAAUUCUACCGGCUUCGCCACAUCGGAUUAUUUUUCUUUUCCUGCUAACUGCUGCUGCCAUGUGUCGCUAAAAUCAUGA